CGCACGCGGGUUGGAGAGGAGGAAAUCGCGUGGCUGCUGUAUGACUCCGGAGUACUCAAGGUCAGGCCGCCGACUGCGGAGAGAUUCAUGGUCCGGAUGAGGCCUGGCGAUGAUCCUGCGGCAAGAGCCGCCGCAGAGUACCGUGUGCGCCUCGGCAGAGCUGCAUCGUUGCCGAGCACGAGUGCACCGCCACCGCCUCUACCGGCCGCUGCCGCCGCUCCGGCGACGACGGCCGCCAUUCGCGCCGGGCCUGCAGCCCCUCCGGCCUCGUCCCCGCUGGCACCAGAGAGCAAAGCCCGCAGCAGUGGAUACUACUACGCUGCGGUGCCGAAAGGCGAGUGCGUCCUGCCGGUUGCGGCUCCGGUGCCCAUCUCUGGGCGAGGGCACGCGGGCAGCGCUGCAGCUGGCGCGAUCCAGCGGGACCUGGAGGUGAGGGGCGCGGAGAACUCCUACUACUACGCUCACGCUCGAGCCAAGGACUACCAUGUGCCGACCGUGCCACAACGCAUCGCGCCGGACGGUUCACUCACGCCGUGGGAGAAAGAACCAUGAUAGCAUGCCUCGUCGCUCGAGUACACUCGACAGUGCGCGCGGCGUCCCCCCGUCUGACGUCAUUUAUGUGUUUUUUUCU